UAAACCAAGAUGGCGGAAAUAGAAAUUCAAAUGAAUUGAUCGAAGAAGCUUGUAGAAAAUUGUCAGAGAAACUAAACUUCCCGUUCAAAUUAAAAACCGAGCAACGCAAUGCAUUGGAGUCACUGCUUAACGGGAAUGAUGUUCUCGCUGUUUUACCAACGGGAUGCGGCAAAAGUCUGAUAUUUCAGUUGUAUAUUUUGGUAGUCCAAAUUGAAAGGAUCAAAAGAACUGCUUUAGUUGUUUGCCCUUUACGAAGUAUCAUUGACGAUCAAAUUGUCGAGGCAAGAGGUUGUGGUAUUUCCGUUGCAUCGCUAGCUGAUCGGUCCGAAGUCGAGUUAAAAGCAAGUGAAUUCGAACUUCUAUUUGGUUCAGCUGAGACAGUUUUGGAUAAACGAUUCCUGGAUAUUUUAAAGGACCCUGACGCAUCGUUAAACCGCAUUUUGUCUGUAAUUGUCAUUGACGAAUCUCACACGGUGGAAAUGUGGACAGGACAAAGGUGUCGUUCUCGUAUUAUGAUACAUUUAUUAUAAUUAUCAGUUUAAUUAAUACCUAAAAAAAUAAAAAAUUGACAACCUUUGCUUAUGUUAUGUAUUAAUGUAAAUAUAGAUUUGUGUUAUUAUAUUUGUGAUUUUAUGUAUUUAUAGGUCAAGAGGAAAAAAUCUCAGCACCUCUGGUGGUGGCUUUCGUGAAGCAUUUGGGCAGUUGUACUGUCUACCUUACGGUCGUUUUGUAAGCAAGGCGAGAUCCGAUAUAUUACAUUGUAUAUAUUAUACUGUGUAUAAAAGAUACAUGAUGUAUGUUUAUACUAUGAGUGUGUCAACACCGGGCAAGCUGAAAAGUUUGCUUGACUGCGGUGGGAAUUGAACCCACAACCUUUGGUCAAUGACCAACCUCGUAGCUCAGUUGGUACAGCAUUGGACUAGCAAAACCCCAAGAUUUUCAGGGAAGAGUUUGAGAACCCCUGCAAACUCUUUGUAGUUUUCAUCAGUUCAAUUUUCAACUGGCCCAAACUCUCUAAAUGUCAUUGUUUUCAAUACCUAUUUGGUCAUUUGUUCCCUUGACUGCCUCUUGUAUUUUUGGCCUCCAAUAUCUCGUAUGUACUAGUUUACCAAUAUAAUUUACUUUUUUCAGGAACACAUGUACUUCCAAUAACAGGCACUGCAGAUAAUGAAACACAAAAGGUGAUAAUCAAAGGACUGAGCCUAAAACAGACCAAACGGUUUUAUGUGAGCCCAAAUCGCCCAAACCUUAGAAUUUCUGUGAUCAAAUGCAAAAAGCAGGAAAUGUUUACAAACUUGGAAUGGCUAAUCAGGUUGGUGAAGGAACAAGCAACUGCUACACCAAAAUCUAUUAUAUUUUGUAAUGGUUCGCUGACUGAUAUUGCUGCCGUGUUCAACCAUAUGUUACUACAGUCGGGAAGUUAUGCAUAUUUCCCACAAGACAGCCAAACUUCACCAAACUGUCUUGUAGAAAUUUAUCAUUAUUUGACUAUGCAAAGGUAUAAAGACAGGAUCACAAACUCUUUUAAGGGCAAUGGAAAAAAGAGAAUUAUUAUUGCAAGUUCAGCACUUAGCAUGGGAGUAAAUUUCCCAGACGUGCGAUAUGUUAUUCAUUGGGGAUCAUCACGUAACAUGUUGGACUAUCAUCAACAGUCUGGCCGGGGAGGGAGAGACAACAAACCCUCCCAAGCGCUGACCAUUUAUUAUGGACAACAGAUAAGUUUCUGUGAGGAGAAUGUCAAAGCAUUUCUGCGUACAACCAGCUGUUACAGAAUAUAUUGA